CGGGGAACUGUUCAAGGAUCCCUGCACGACGAAUGUGCAAUGAUGGCCUCUGAGAAAACCACGAGGAGGGCUCAGCAGGAGGACAGACCGCCGUGAUGGAGGGAAUUAAAGAAGUAGGAUUUGGCUAUAAAAGAAGUAGCCCUAAGGAGACUUGAGGUUACCAGCAUAGAGAACACCACCACGAGAAGCAACUAUGCCUGCAGAAGUAGGAAAAACGGCUAUGGAGAGAAUUGGUCUCUUUAGUGAGAUGGAAUAUAUUACUGUUGGUGACAAAUACGUGUCACGAUUUAAUCGACCUUUUAAUGAGGCUGCAAGCAAAAAUAGACAGAUGCUGCCCGGGGGAUCCAAAGAAAUGUCAGAUCUUCAGGCAGGUUAUUUUGAUCCCCACUUUGUAAGGAUUUUUGAAGGUGAAGGCUACGUAAAUAUGAAUCAAGUGAGGAGACGGCGCAUGAUGGAAGAAACCAAAAAAAACCUAGGCAAAGCCUUCCUCCCUAGUAAUGGAGAUAAAAAAUCAUGUGGAUUCGGCAGCUACUAUGGAACAAUAGGUGGUCCAGUCCCAUUUUUCAGUGCACAGUCAAAACCUGCAGAGAAAUAUCAGGCACCUGGAAAGAAUUUAUACACAAACCCAGGAAAGAAAGGAACUGGAUAUGGCUAUGCAAAUGUUACCAUAGGUAAACAGUUUUCACACUCUGCUGAUCUCUAUGAUGCACCAAAACUAAAUUAUAAGAAAGAGAAUGAAGCACACCAUCAUUUACUCAAAGGAGGACCUUUCAAAUUAAAUCUUUACCCAAGGGAAUAUUUUGACACUAAUCCUUAUUUUUCUGAGAAACCUUUGCCACCAAUUAAAAAAGAAAUAAAGAAAAAAUUAAUUUCAAGUCCUUUUAAACCCUCAUCUCCUGGUAAAAAGGCUGGUGGCAUGAAGGCAGGAACAUUUGAUCCUUACCCAUCACAUUCUGCUGAUCCUUACGUGGUUAAGUUGGCAAAGAUUUCUGACAAAAGUUCUAUUUUCCAUCCACCAAGUGGACCAAAAAGCAGACCAGUUGAAAGUAUAAUGACUUUGAAUGUCAAAAGGGCACUAAAUAUGAAGAACUACAAGACUGCUUCGGUACAGUCCUAUUAGUAACUGGAAGACAAGUGACUUUGUAGAUCCUAACUACCAUUAAUUCAUUCUCAAGAUAUCAUUAUUUGAAAAAAUUAAGAUGUCAUGGAGCUGGUAGCUCAAACAUUGAAAAAAAUGUUUGAACCUGCAACUCUAAUAAUUUUAUUUUAGUACCACUACUUAAUUAGUAAAUAGUAUUUGCUAAUAAUAUAACAUGUUAUUGCUUAUCUGCUUUUAGAUCCAUGUUUCUGAGCAGAAUAUCACAUAAAGAAAUUUUAGAAAAUCCUGAAUGUCGUUUAUCAUCUGAAAGCUUUUACUCCUAAUGUUAAAAAAAACUGCAGGGUUGGAGUGUAAGGGUGAAGGUCGGGGCAGGAGGGGUAGAAAGCACCCAGUAAAGGCACACUUGCUCUUUCUUUUUAGAGGUCCGGAAAGUUGGCUUGAUAGCUAUCCAUGUAUCAUAGCCCAUGAAAGCAUCCUUAACAUCAAAGGAUGUGAGAUCCACUUAUAUUUCCUAGAUUUAUGUAUAGCACAUUAUACUGUAAGGCAAGCCUCAGCUAUGUGGCAUCAUGCCUUCUAUUGAUGGCUUAUGUAAAGUCUGGAAGUGUGAUAGAAAGCUAAGAUUAUCUGGCCACUGGCAGCCCCCAGAUGAGUUCCAGGGGGUGGGGGGUGCAUUUGCUACUUCUGUAUCUUACAAAGAUGACAAAGUUACAGGAUGAGGUAUGGAUGAGUGUUCGUCUCUGUCCAAAGCUGCCUUUCCUGGGCAUCCCACUUAAGUCCGCCUCUAGUUCCCAAGGGAGCUCUUCUUCACGCGCUCUGUGUCUUUUAAAAUAUCUGCUCUUAAAUGAUAUGAUUAAAAUGUAUUACUGUGAUUCAUA